AUGCGGGAAUUCGGACUCACCAGGCCCAUCACUGUCCCCAAGCCAUCUCGCUACAGACUCGAAGCCACAAACCGAAGUGAUCCAACUAUUUUGAUUCAGGACAAGUUACAAACACCUACUCCGCAUACCAACUCUCUCCUCGACAGCUACGAAAUUGCCAGCAUUUCUAGACGGUUAUCUGACCUUUUAGACCCCAAUGAUCGCAAUAAUUUUAGCCUUAGGAGCUUUGAAUCUGAGAUUAUGGAUCUAGGACGACAAAUUGAGGGGAAAACCACGAAGCCCAACAAAUUCAGUGGCUUAUGGCGGUGGCGGAGGCGGAAACCGUCGUUGAUGUGCGGGAAAAUGGAGGAUGUGGUUCUUGCCACCCAAAAACAUCACCGCCGGCCCAUGCCACGGUGGACCUAA